AGACAAUGAACACGUGACACGAGAAAGACAAAGGUUCUACUCUUCACGAGAUACUAAGAGUCAGAAGAGCAAGUCUUGAGCGGCGGUGUCUUAACAAAGAGCAAAGCUCCAACAAAACUCAUUCUCUUCUGACAGCCGCCACGCCCGUUUGUGUCGCCUUUAUAUACCACGGCGACCCCUCAACCCUGUAUGCUACACACUCCGGCUGGUCCAUACCAAAUAUUGUCGCACACGUCCUCCCGCAGCAAACUUCUUAAUUCAGCAAGCAUCGUUACCUGACCAGAACUCCUUUACCAAACGGACAUAUGCCUCACCGACGCAUGAGCGAUACAAACGGAAUCAACAAAGCAAAAAGCCCAACAUCAAGCAUUGUGCAAAGGCGAAUAGCAAGGAAGAUGUCACCCUGGAAUCGCAACCCAGCUCUUGCGGACAAAAUCGCCGAAAUGCGCCUCACCAUCGCUCCCAUAGUGCACGUCGAGACAGGAAUUCCAGCCCCCGAAUUCCCCUCUACAAUGCUCGAUCUUUUCCUCCUCACCGAAGCGCAACUCGACGCUCUAGCCACCUACUAUUCUCAGACCCAUUCAACAGAUCUCACAAGCCAAUAUCCACAGACAAUGAACUGGCAGCAGCCGUUCUUAGAUGCUAGCGACACCUUGCCAGAAAAUUGUAAAUUAGGCGAACUGGAACGGUUGAAGAUCAAGAUGAGGAUGUUUGCGAGAUUUAUUGGUAUGAGGGGUGCGGAUACGCCGCGCUGGGAGUAUGAUCGUCAGAUUGAGAUAUUGAGGAAUAAGAUCCAGAGGAGGAUUAUGGAUGAGGAGGAGAAGGUGUUGCGGAAGUUUUAUCAGGGGCCUGUUAGUAGGUCGUGAGGGGUUUGAAGGGCGCUGGGCGUGCUUUGAGUGCUGGUCACGCAUGAGGAUGAAGAGAGGUUGCGAUAUUGUGGGAGCGCUAUU